AUGAGUGAACAUCCACCACACGAUUUCGCCCCAGACGGGAACGAGGACUUGAAAAGGUCCACCAUGGGAGAUGGGAGCUCCUUCCAGUCGACGAGCAUGGUGGGAUUUGACGGCGACAUGGAUGGGUUGAAUCCCCAGAACUGGCCCAUGGGUAAAAAGGUCUACACCACGGCGUUAUGGGCGCUGACGACAUGCUGGAUCACCUUCGCGUCCGCCAUCUACUCGGCUGGCACGGCACAAAUCAGCCAAGAGUUUCAUGUUUCGUACGACGUGGCCAACGCGGGCACCAGCCUACUCAUAUUUGGCUUUGCUAUUGGUCCUAUGCUUUGGGCGCCGCUGUGCGAGGUGUAUGGGCGAAAAUGGCCUGCUUUGGCGCCCUACUUUGUAAGCGCUGCCUUCGCCUUCGGCACUGCGACGGCCAAGGAUAUCCAGACGAUCCUCAUCACACGCUUCUUCGCCGGUGUGUUUGGCAGCUCUCCCAUAUCCAUCACUGGCGGCUCUAUCGUUGAUAUCUGGAGCCCCCGGCAGCGCGGAACGCCCAUGGUGUGCUACGGCAUUACCAUCGCGGCGGCACCGACCCUUGGGCCAAUUAUCGGCGGGGCCUUCAUAGCCAGCGGGUGUGGGUGGCGCUGGACUGAAUAUCUAACAGGGAUUGUCAUGAUGGUCCAAUUUCUCCUAGACGUUCUCUGGCUGGACGAAAGCCAUGCUGACGUGCUCCUGGCUCGGAAGGCGGGCGGAUUGCGACGAGCUACGGGGAAUUUUGCACAUCACACCAAGUGGGAAGAGACGAGGCCGACCUUCGGAGACCUCCUCAGCAUCUAUCUCGUCCGCCCUUUUCAGAUGCUUCUCGAUCCGAUUUGCCUGUUGUUGACUAUUUAUACAUCAUUUGUCUAUGCAAUCCUUUACGCUAGCUUGGAAAGCUUCGCCCUAGAAUACGGCCAGAUUCGGGGCUGGGGCCCUGUCGUCUCCCAACUGCCAUUCCUAGCUCUCCUACUUGGGUGCCUGGUCGCCGCCGCUGCCAACAUCUAUAACAACAUCUACUACGGGAAGAAGCUGGUCGCAAAUAAUUUCAAGCCAGUGCCGGAAGCGAGACUGCCGCCUAUGAUGUAUGGUGGCUUUGCUUUCUCUGCGGGUCUAUUCUUGUUCGGAUGGACCACCUCCGAGCAUGUUUCAAGUCCGUGGCCAUCUAUCGUCGGUGUAUUUCUAACCGGUGUUGGCUUCACCACCAUCUUCCAGUCAUCCCUCCAAUACCUUGUUGACACCUUCACCCGCUACAGCGCCAGCGCCAUCGCCGCCAACACCUUUGUCCGAUCAAUGGCGGCAGGGGCCUUCCCACUCUUUGUCUGGCCCAUGUAUAAAAGGCUUGGCAUAGACUGGGGUAGCACCAUCUUUGCAUGCGUUAGCGUGCUCCUCUUGCCAGCCCCUUUCCUCUUCUUUAAGUGGGGUAACCGGAUCAGGGCCUAUGGCGAGUUCAGCAAGCCCUCCGCAUACUAG